CCUUAACGAUGAGAUAAGCAGAUCCGCUGUGUGAAUAAAUAACACGCGCGCGCGCGUGUGUGCGCGCGCGUCUCAUUUACGGACAGAGGGGGAUUUCUGAGCUGCGCACUGGAGAUUUUUCUAGCACAGAGCGACCCACGCCGAAAGAAGCAGGAGUCACUUUCCUCUGUGUGUAGUUUGUUUCUGCAGCGAACACACCGCCGGCUCUCAGCUCUGCAUUCAACAACAUCCACACACCUGACGCAGCACGCACACGGCGUGACGGCGCGCCGCUCUGCCCAUGUGACGUAAUUUCAAAAGGACGGGUGUCGCACGUGAGAGUAAAGUGUUGCCCCCCCACAGAUACGAGCAGCUGAAGCAGGCUGGGAGCUGCGUGAAGUUUGCAGACAGCAGGUGGAUAAAAUACCAGAUCUCACUGUGAGUUUCAUUGUGCCACUAGAAGAAUGAAGGCACCGACAGCAGCAGCACUACAGUGAUGAAUGAACACUCUGGGAUGACGCUGACCUUUGACCCUUCAUGGAUUAAAAAUGGCACUUCGGCUGAGGCGGGGAGGGAAGCGAGGCAUCGUACUCUUUGGGAAUUCUUGGAAUUUAAAAACCGUGUUUGAUUGAAGCAGGACUGAAGAGACAGGACAAGCCUGGUGUCUUUUUUUUAUUUGAAUGGACUAACAUGGCUCAGUGAAGAUGGAAUAAGGUCUCAGUGGGAGAUGUUCAUGAAGAAAAACUGAUCACUCCGUAGAUUUGAGUGAAGGAUGGAGCAGGACUUCACACAGUAGGAUCAGUUAUCUCUCAGAAACUGAGGAUAGUGAAGACUUGGAUGCACUUGGCUGGACGUUCAAACUGUUAACGCACAGUUUAAACUUUAAACUAAAACCUUAACUUCACUCUAACAGGCAAUAUUGGCCUGUUGCCGGAAACUCCCAUUUCUCGUUGUUGUGAAUGGACGUCUGACUCCUCUAAAGUCAACUCGAACUCUGACUCACUGCAGCAUCAUUAAAACACAACUCCAAACAUGGCUGCUACAGGAAGGAAGCACUUGGUGAGAGACUUUAACCAUUUCAUCACCUGUUACCUGUGUCGAGGUUACCUGAUUAAACCGACCACGGUCACCGAGUGCCUGCACACCUUCUGUAAGAGCUGCAUCGUGCAGCACUUUGAGGAGAGUAAUGACUGUCCUAAAUGUGGCAUUCAGGUCCAUGAGACCAACCCUCUGGAGAUGCUCAGGUUGGACAACACCCUGGAGGAGAUCAUUUUCAAGCUGGUGCCCGGACUCAGAGAAAAAGAGGAACAGCAAGAACUCGAAUUCUGGAGGAAGAACCAGCCCAAAGAAAACGGCCAAGCAGAAAACCUGAGGUGUCAGAGGCUCGGGCUGCCUGAUGCCGGCGGCGACGGCGGAGACGGUGGCGAUGAUGAUGGUGAUGGUGGCGGCGAUGACGACUAUCACAGGAGCGACCCUCAGAUAGCCAUCUGUCUGGACUGCCUACGUAACACGGGACAGUCGGGGGAGAGCACUGUCACGGAUUUGAUGAAGAGGUUCAUCCGCUGCUCCAGCAGAGUCACCGUGGGAACAAUUAAGAAGUUUCUCAGUCUUAAACUAAAGCUGCCCAGCUCUUAUGAGCUGGAUGUGCUGUGUAACGGAGAGAUCAUGGGCAGAGAUCACACUCUGGAGUUCAUCUAUAUGACCCGGUGGAGGCUACAUGGAGAGAAUACGUAUCCCAUGGUUCUGGAGUACCGGCCGCGCAUCGACUUUGGCUGAACUACGGCUGCAAGAAGAGGACCACACACACACACACAGACACACACACACAUAUGAACAGGUAUAGAAGAAAUUAGGAACACCCACAUUUGCAUGUGGAUGCACACAAAUACACAUAAACACAAACAAACAAACACACACCCACAAUGUGCAGAGAACGAAAGAGAUUUAAAUGUAUUUUUGUACAGCCAAUGAUGAAGUGCAUACGUUGUUAUGGUAAAGAGGUUUUAUGCUACAUAGAAUAAUAUAUGCUAUAAUAUAUGAUAUUUUUAAAUGUAUGUCCCUGUGCCUAAAAACCUGUCGAGAUCGGAGAUGAAAUAUGACCAUAUCUUCACUUUGCCUGUUUAACUCUGUAGAUUAAAUGUUGAUUUUUUACUGUU